AUGGUACUGAAAAGAGGAAAGGGAAAUCCUCAUAAAUCACGAAAAAGAAAAAGAUUUAAAGAUGAAAUAAAUGAUGAUUUUAAUUUUGAAGAUAAUUUUAGAAUUGUUGGUGAACCUGAUUUCAAUGAAGUUUUUGAAGUAGAGAAAAUAAUAAUGGCUAGAUAUAAACUGAAUUGUAAAAGGAAAAAAAAUAGAAAAGAUGAAAAUUUAGAUGAUUUUGAAUUUUAUAUAAAAUGGAAAAAUUAUGAUAGUGACGAAAAUACAUGGGAACCUUUUGAAAACUUAAGUCCAAAUUUAAAAGGGCAAGCAAGAAAAGUUGCUUUACAAUUAACAGAAGAAAUGGAUAAUUGUAAUAAAAAUAAAAAUGAAAAAAAUGAUAAUGAAGGGGAAAAUAGAGAAACUGUUGUGGGUGAUAAUAUUAAUAGAUAUAUAGAAAGAAAUAUAAUAAAUAAUAUCGAAAAUAAUUCUCAACAAAAUGUUGAACAGUAUAAUAAUAAAGUUUAUGAACAAACACGAUUAGUACAAAACACAGAUGUAUUAAAUCCAAACAAAACCAAAAUGGGAUUUAUUGAAAUAAAGCCAAAUGAUAUUGAUGAUGAUGAUGAAGAAAUUAUAAAUAUUAUGAGAGAAUUAGAAGCUGAAAAUAUGAAAAAAGAAAAAAAUAAAUUAAGAAAUAGAAACUUCAGCUUAUUUAAUAUGUCAUCAAAUUCUAUAUUAUCAAAUGAAAUUAAUUCAUAUCUAUAUGAAAAUUCUGAUAAAAUGGAUGUUACUUACAUUGGUAAAAAAAAAACUGGAAAUAUAAAAAGCAUAUUGUCUUUGGCAAACAGGAUAAAUAAUGACGAUAAUAAUAAUAAUAAUAAUAAUAACAAUAAUAAUAACAAUAUUUAUAAUAAUAACAUUUAUAAUAAUAGAAAUUAUAAUAACAAUUAUUACCAUUGUAAGUAUUCAACAGAUUUAUCUUACGAUGGUAAUAAUAAUUCAGUUCUUCUUAACGAUCUUCAUCAAUUAAAUGACGAAGAAAAAAAUAAUCUGUUAUUUUUAUAUGACUCUGAUGAUUUAAUAAAAAAAGACAACCGAAUUGUAAAUGAUAUACAUUAUAAUAAUUUAUUUCUAUCUAAAAGUGUAAAAAAAUUAAAAAACAAAUAUUUAGAAAGUUUCCUAAAUAAUAAUAUAAAUAAUAAGAACAUAUUUGAUGAUGAAUCCUUAUUAAAAAUGAACCUGAGUUUAUCACAUUCUUCUAAUUUAUGUCUUAAUAAUAAUGAAAAAUCGAAAAAAUACCAAAAGCCACAUACUUUUGUUAAUCAUGUUAAAAAUUCUAAUAAAAAUAAUGAAAAUAUUAUAAAUGAUUUUAAUAAAGAAAAGGAUGAAAGCUCGCAAAAUGAUACUUCCUUUUUGUAUAGUACAGAUCGAACAUCGACGAAUGAUUAUUAUAUAACACGUAAGGAAAAAAUAAAACCUUUACAAGAAGAAUCCAUAAUAAAUAAUGAAGAAGAUAAUGUACAAGAGCAUCAUAAGUUAUUAUUAGAUAGAAAUGGUAAUAAUAAUAAUGAUGAUGAUAAUAGUACUGAUGAUAAUAAUAAUAAUAAUAAUAAUAAAAAUAAUGAUGAUAAUAAUAAUAAUGAUGAUAAUAAUAAUAAUGAUAAUAAUGAUAAUAAUGGUGAUACUAGUAAUAAUAAUAAUAAUGGUGAUACUAGUAAUAAUAAUAAUAAUGGUGAUAAUAAUAAUAAUAAUAAUAAUAAUAAUAAUGGUGAUAAUAAUAGUAAUAAUAAUAAUGGUGAUAAUAAUAAUAAUAAUCAUAAUCAUGAUAAUCAUAAUAAUAAUCAUGAUAAUAAUAAUCAUAGGAUCAAUAAUAAUCUUGACUCCUUUGAAGACAAUAAUUUUAGAGAGAAUUAUAUUUUUAAUUAUUUAAAUGAAAAAGACAAAACAGAUGAUCAUAAUUCUAAUAGUAAUGAUAAUAGUAACAGCAAUAGUAAUAUGUUUAAUUAUAAUAGUAAUAUAAACAUUGAUGAACAAAAUAAAAACAUUGAAAAAAAUAACGGGGACUUAAAAAAUAUUAAGAGAAAUGUAUUGAAUAAAAAUAAAGUAACAAAGUUUUUGCCUUCAUAUAACACCUGUUUUAAAAAACAAAUUUGUAAUUUGAGAAAAAAUAUGAAGAAAAAAUUAAUUGUUAAUUCUAUGUCAAAUAAAUUUAGUAUUUCUCAAGUAAAUACAAAUAAUGAAAAUAAUUUUGAGGAAUUUAAACAAUUUUGUUUACAGAAUGGUAAUGACCAAAUGAGGAAAAAAAGAUUACAGAAUGAAAGGAAAAAAAGUACAAACAGUAAAAAUAGUACUACUACUAAUAAUUAUUAUGAUUAUAAUCAUUACUUUAAUAAUAAUAAACGUUCAGAAGAUGAUAAUUCUUUUGAAUUCAAUGAUUCUUAUUUUACAAAUAGUGCCAAUACAAUAGAUCAAGUUAGUAAACUUGUACAAAAAUAUUUAGCUUUACCAGGUAAUGAAAAUAUUAUGGCAACUGAUUAUUUAUUUAAUACUACUACGAAUAAUAAUGAUAAUAAUAAAAAUAAUGAUGGUAAUAAUAAAAAUAAUGAUGGUAAUAAUAAAAAUAAUGAUGGUAAUAAUAAAAAUAAUGAUGAUAAUAAUAAUAAGGAUGAUAAUAAUAAUAAUAAUAACAAUAACAAUAAUAAUAAUAACAAUAACAACAAUAAUAAUAAUAAUAGUAAUAAUAUUUGUAAGAAAGGUAGGAAAACAAAUAAUAUUAAGAAAAGAAAAAUAUUAUUUAAGGAUACUAAUAUACCACUAGGAAAUUAUAGUAAUAAUGAGUACUAUGACGAUCAUGAUGUUAAUAAUAAUAGUAACACUAAUAUAAGAAAUAUGAUACAUAAUAAAAGUCUUUCUGAUUUUAUUAAUGAAGACAAAACAUUUAAACAAAAAAGUGGAAAAAAUAUUGUAAAAAAUUUGUUCUGCAAUAAAAAAAGUUAUAGUAAUAAUAGUGUCUAUGUGAAUCGUGGUAUCUCCGAAUAUGCUGAAGAAAAUAUAGGAGACAAGAAUUUUAUAAAUAAUCAAAAAUGUAAUAAUUACUUUUUGAAUUUGAAAGAAUUACAAAACAUAUAUGCUAGUGAAAAAUAUGGAAAGAGCAAAAAAGGGAAUAAAAAUUCAGUGUCAAAAGAAAUAAAUGAUUAUAUAUAUAACAACAACAGUGGUAAUAAUAGUAGUAAUAACAUUAGGAAAAGUUAUAUUAAUAAAUUAACCGAAUCAGAAUAUGAUUCUGUAUAUGAAACAUUAAUAAAUAGAUAUUGUAAAAGUACAACUAAUAAAUAUUCCAAAAAUAUAUAUAAUGAUGAAAACGGUAAUACAAAUGAACUUAUAAACCAUAUAAAAUUUUAUAUUAAUGAUAAUAACAAUAAUUCAACUAGGAAUUCUCCUCCAUCCCUUAUACAUGACAACUUAUUCGAAAACGAUUACAAUGAAAUAGGAAAUGAGCUAAAAAGAAAGCAAUCACAAAUACCAAAGGAGAAUAAAAAAUAUGAUGCACAUGUUGAUGAUGAUAUUGAUGAUGAAGAAGAAGAAAAUACAGAUAAAAAUAAUAAUACUAUUAGAAGUUCUAUCCAGUCGGAUAUUAUUUAUAAAAUAUUAAAUGACGAAAAGAACAAAUCACAAGAACAAAAUGUACAUAUCUUAAAUAAGGAUAAUAUUAAUGAAUUUUCAGAAUUUAAAAAAAAAAAAGACGGGAAAAAUGAUGAAAUGCUAUUUUUCUCAUCUGAUCAUAUGAAAAGUAAUAUAUGUCGUAAUGAAGAUUAUUCUUCUGAAAGUUUUAAUAAUAAUAAACCUAUAAUGAAAAAAACACAACAUUUAUAUAAUAUCGAUGAAAUUAAAAAUAAAAACAAAAACAAAAACAAAAACAAAAAUAAAGACAAAAAUAAAGACAAAAAUAAAGACAUUUCUGAUAGUACAAAUGAAAAUAAUCAUACAAACUACAACAAUAAUAAAAAUAAAUAUGAUGGUUUAAAUAGUAUGACCAUAAAUAUAAAAGAUAUUCUUGAUACGAAAAAUGAUAAACGUGAUUAUUAUAUCAAUGUUCUUGAAAAUGUAUUAAGUGCCUUAAAGGAAAAUCGUACAUAUAAUUCAAAAGAUUUAAAUAUUUCAAAAGAAAAUGAAAUAACUAAUGGUCAUAUCAGAAGUAACUCAUAUACCGAUACAUCAUCCAUAUUAUUAAAUAAAAAAAUACCAAAAAUUUCUGGUGAAAAAGAAAAUUAUGAAAAUGUUCGAAACUUAAAAAGACGUACAUUUCAUAAUGAUUCUAUUGAAUAUUCCAGAACACCAAAAAGAGUUUUAUUUGAAAUAAAUAAGCAAGAUCAUCAAAAUAAAAAAUUAAAAAACAGAAAUUUAAUUCAUGAUAAAGUAGAUGAUGAUGAUAAUAAUAAUAAUAAUAAUAAUAAUAAUAAUAAUAAUAAAAGUGAUGAUAAUAAAACUAAUGAUGAUAAUAAGAUUAAGAAAAAUAAAACCGUUUUUAGUAUAUAUAGUUCAAUAAAAAACAAAUCUCGUAAUAUUUUAAGUAAUAUUAAAUUAGGACAUUUCCUAACAAAUAAAAAUAAAUCACAAAAUAAUAAAGCGGAUGAAAGUCAAAAUGUAGUUCCUAUAAGAAUAAAAAAAGAAAAGGAAGAUGACGAGUUAGAAGAGAAUGUGGAAAAUGAAGUGAGUAAUGAUAAACACAAUAUGAAUAACGAUGAACAAAAUAAUUGUGAUGGUGUAAAUAAAAUGAGAAGUGAAGAAGAUCAUAUAAAUGAUGAUGAUAACAACAUAAAUAGUUAUGAUGACGAAAGUGAUGUUAAUUUUAAUAUUUUAAAUAAUUAUAAAGGGAAAAGGAUUUUUUCCCGUUUAGAAAUAUUAAAUAUAAAUAUUGUCAAAUUAAAUUAUUUAGAUAAAUUAGGAGAAUAUAUUGAUUCAGUUGAUAAGUUAGCAAUAGGUAAUUUGGAUUCCCUACUGAAAAAUUUUAAUAUUUUAAAUAAUUAUAAAGGCAAAGAUAAAGUAAUGAUUUAUUUUUUGAAUCCUGGAUUCCAAAAACGUUUAUUAGAAGCUUAUUCAAAUAUAUUCCUACAUUUUGAUAUAUUUAUAGAUAAUAAAACAUAUAAUUUUAUUUUUAAUAAUUGUGAAUAUGUUAAUGUAUUAUUAGAUCGUGCCUUUUCUAUAAAAAGAGAAGAAGAAUAUAAUAGAUUGAGAAAUAUACCAUCUUAUGAAUUAUCGAAAUAUUUAUAUUUAUUUUAUGAGUUGGGAAAAAUGACCGAAAAAUUAAAUACCCUUUUUAAAAUUCUUUUUAUACCUACACAGGUUAAACCUCAUAAAUAUUAUUUUCCAUCUGUUGAAUAUUUUGAAAGGUUUUAUAUACAUCUGCAUUAUAAAACACGUGCUGACGAUGUAGAUGUUGAUACUAAUCAGGUUGGUGGUGAAAAAGUGGACGAGGAAAAAUUGGAGGAGGAAAAAUUGGAGGAAAAAUUGGAGGAGGAAAAAUUGGAAGAAGAAAAUGUGGAGAAUGAACAAAUAGAGGAGGAAAAUUUGGAGGAUGAACAAAUAGAGGAUGAAAAAUUGGAGGAUGAAAAAUUGGAGGAUGAAAAAUUGGAGGAUGAACAAAUAGAGGAUGAAAAAUUGGAGGAUGAAAAAUUGGAGGAUGAAAAAUUGGAGGAUGAAAAAUUGGAGGAUGAAAAAUUGGAGGAUGAACAAAUAGAGGAUGAAAAUGUAGAGAAUGAAAAAUGGAAGGAUGAACAAAAUAUUUCCAAUGAAUAUAAUAAUACUGCAAAUAUAAUUAAAAAGGAUAAUAUUUUUGAAAAGAAUAUAAAUGAAGAAUAUAAUAUUAAGAUCCUUGAGGAUAAAACAGAAUAUAAAAUUAAUAAAGAAUAUUUGAAAAAUUCACCUGGUGACGUAUCAAAUUUCGAAGAUUCAAUGAAUGAAGAAGGUUGUAAUAAAAGCUCCAUAGAAAAUAAUAACAUUGAUAAUAAAAAUGGGUCACAAAAUAAUAAUGUAGAAGAAAAAGAUGAAAAUAAUCAUGAAAAAAACAAUAUAUAUAUAAACAAAACUGAUCAUAAUAUUAAUAAUGGUGGUGCUAUAACAGAUAAUGAUAUUGAAAAUAUUGAUUAUAUAAAAAAAGAUUUUAAUAAUAAUUUAAGUACCUAUAGUAAUAGUUCUACAAUUCAAAAUAAUAAUAUCCAUAAUGAAGAUAGUGAUGAUUAUAAUAAUAAUAAUAAUAAUGAUGAUGAUAAUAAUAAUAAUAAUAAUGAUGAUGAUAAUAUUAAUAAUAAUAAUAAUAAUGAUGAUAAUAAUAAUAAUAUUAUUAUUAAAGACUUAUCUCUAACAAGUUAUGAGAUGGAAGAAAGGUUAUCAUCCAUAAGUAUUAUUAACAAAGCACAUAUAGAAAAUGAAGAGUUACCAAAGGAAGUACAAAAUAAUGAAAGAGUAGAUACCAAAUUUUAUGAUUUAAAAUCCAAAAUUUUAAAUAAUAAUAUGUUACGAAAAUUUAUUAAAUGA